AUGGAAAAAUGGAGGGAUUUGUUGAUGAGUCAUGGGAACGUGUCAACAGAAUUAAUAGAGUGGCCGAAAGAGCAUACACUGAGACUUUCUUUUGCAGGGAGCGAGUCAAAAGUGCAAAUGGAUUUGCUGAUGCAAUCAGCAGCUGCAUGCGGUGCGUGCUCAGAAUUGUCUGAAAAGCUUGCAAUCAAAACUGAGGUAUGCAAAAGUCUGCCAAACAGUGCUAGGAUAUGCGAAAUAUCAGAACACGCGUCAGUAGUUCAAGAGAGUAUUACUGCCUGGAUGCCUGAGAUUUUUGCAUUAGCAACAAAGCGCAAACAUCACAGCCGCAUUCAUAGUACGCAACAGUCAAGUCCAGUAAACAAAGCGCUCCAGCAGUCACGUGAGCACAGUACAGCUAACAAGCGACAUCAUCAAGUCAACAGUAUGAGUAAACUCGUGAAGCUAAGUCGAAGAAAAAGAGCUUUGAAACAUGUGCUGAAGGAAGGUACUCCUAAUAUGCUGGAAAUGGAUAAUAGAAAGCAGAAGUUGCUUUGUAAGUACCGGAGAUCAUGUUAUGAGACAGGCAUAAUACCGGAAAUACUAUCAAAUUACGAGAAGUUAGCAGAAAUGUUGCACAUGCGUAAGGAGCCGGUAGAGGAGAAAAAGGAGAAAAAUGAGAAAGAAAUAAAAAUUCUGUGCAGGUACCGCUUGUCGUGCUAUCGAGAAGUGGGGAUAAAUAGAGAACUCGAACAAGAAAAAGCGAAGCAUUCUCCUCUAUUUUCUAAACAAAAAACAGCACGAACCAGAAGACCAAAAACUGUCAACGAAAUCGCAAGAAUCGCUCUGGCACGUAUUCAGGAAAGCGAGAGAAUUGCUGCCACAAGACCUAUACCUAAGAGUCUUAUUGUAAAAAAGAAACUAAAUGAGAUAGAGGAAGAAAAAAACAGGCGUCUUGCGUGUAAAUACCGUGAGUCCUGCUACCGCACAGGUAUCAUUCCACACACUAUGACAUUUAGUGAAGCACUGCAAAACAUAUAUCACCUCCUUGUGAAAUACAUACCUCUCUUGGUUCAAAAUCAAGACACCACUAAUAAAGAAUUCAACAAUUUCAGCGAGUACGACAAGCGAUUGUACUGCAAGUAUCGCAAAUCUUGCUACAUUUCUGGCGACAGGCCUGCCAUCUCCAACAUUACUUACAGCGACAUCUUCCAGCAUACUGUCAUCGCGAAGAAAACAGAUGAAUUACUACCAUUGCAAUUAAGAUGCAAAUACCGUAAGUCAUGUUAUGAUACCGGCAUUCUAGCUGAAUUCAACAUGAAAAGAGAUACUAUGAAAGAAGAAAAAAAAGAGAAACCAGACCAAGCAGUCAAAUCUUUGUACGAUUUGAAAAUGCUUUGCAAGUACAGAAAAAGUUGCUACAUGCAAAAAGCUCAGGAGCAACAGUUCGUCAACGUUCAAGAUGCAGUUAAUGAGAGUCAACGACUGAUCCUGCAAAUGCAAGAAGCGCAAGAAAAGAAAGAGACUAUGGCAGAAAAUAUUUUGUCCACAUUGUCUUCUCAAAAAGAAUCAACCCAGUAUAUCAAAGAAACAGCAGCGGAAGAGAAGGAAACACAUAUAAUAUCUCAACAGAGUGAACCAAGCACCAAGGUUAACGAAUCUAAAGAUUUAAAAGAUCGCAUGGGAAUAGCAACACUCGUACAAGAAGAUACAGAUGCCACAAAAGUCGAUACUGAGGUGAAAAGUGGUCAAAGUAAGGACGAAAAGACCAUGAAAACAAAAAAUGCAAAAGCGAAGAAUACCUUACCUAGAAUAAAGCAAAAAAGUAAAAAAGGGUUGGAAGUGCUACCAACACAUGCUGCAAAAAGUGCUUCCUCAUCACAGAAAACUGCGAAGACUACGCAAGUAGAAUCGUUAGACGCUACUGUUCGAAUGGAAAAGCUGAAGAGGGAACAGAGAAUGGCGAAAGAAAGGCAAAUGCCAACCACACAGACAGCACAUGAUCAGCAAGAAGGCGGAGACAAAAAAAGGAAAAAUGAGUCCAUAUCACAUCUAUUUGCAACAUCCAUAACACAAACCUCUACAACAUCGUCCGAACAAGAGCUGGAAAAAAACAGAAACAUGGCACCUCCUAAACUUAUUAAUAUUUCUGACGACAGGCUCAGUCCCUUAGAUAUUAAAAUACUAUGCAAGUACCGAAAAUCUUGUUAUAAGAGUGGAGAAGUUCCAUCAAUUCAACUGGCAAAGACGAUACAAGAACUGCGAAAAAAGGAUGAAAAUUACCAGCCACUUCAAAUACGAUGCAAAUAUCGCAAAUCGUGCUAUGAAACUGGCAAACAAUCGGACAACUUCACAUCUGUAACAGUGACUGAAGAAAACAAAAAAGUACCAGUUAAACUGCGAUGCAAGUAUCGAAAAUCAUGUUAUCAGACAGGGCAACUGCCAGCUACUGACAAAUACGAUUUUGGUCUUUCAUUUUUACGAGUCUUUCUGAAAGAAUUUGAUGCAAUGGAAAGUACGGAAAUGCGAGAAAAAGAAAUGAGUGAAAAACAGAGGAAACUAUUUUGCAAAUACCGCAAGUCUUGUUAUAAAACGGGUAAGUUGCCAAUAUUUCUGAAUCAAACAGUACACGUAAUUGUUGAAAACAUUAAGGAACAAUACAAGAAUCCACAACUUAAAUGCAAAUAUCGUAAGUCAUGCUAUGAAAGCAUGAAAUUGGACAUACUCCUGGAUAAAGUUCGCAAAAAGGAGAGAGAAAAGAAGACGCAAGAAGGCAUCGCAAAAUCUUCUUAUCAAGCCAACAUCGUUAUUAAAUACAAAGAAAAGGAGAUACAGAGAGAAGUAUCAUCAGGAGAUAUGGAUGAGGAGAGCAAGAGAUCACGCAUUAAGAGAAGCAAACAGCUCAAGUCUGAGAGUGACGAGGAGGAAUACAUGCAGACAAUGCCGCUCGAUAGCCAUUCAAGACAAAAAGCAAUCACGCCACAACAAUACAGCAAAGCAAAAAAACUUAAGUGUAAAUACAGAUUGACGUGCUACAGGGGUGAGCAGUCACUGCCUCGUUUUAUAGCUAACGACAAGUACACUGAGAAAAAGAAAGAAAUUAACAUUAGAAACUUUCGUCGUCCAAAUGGCGCUAUUUGCAACAUUUACUACUUAUCAUGUCGCAAACAAGCCGGUUUGCCUAUUCGCGAACGUGCGCCUAUUGGACCGAAUGGACGACGUCUUUGUCGAAAAAAGAAAAAAGACGAACGCAGUAAUUAG